AUUUUCUUUCGGUCCCCUCGGCUAUUGGAGUGACCAGAAACGUCUGCCGAAGAAUGAUCAUAUCACCCAUCAUCUGAUUUCGAAACACCCUGAUAUACUGAGCUUGUAUUCGGAGAAAUACUGCGCGGAGUUAGAAAGGCUCCGAAUGGUCAAAAGAGCUUACUCAUGCUCUCCUUCCCGGAUGCAACAAUUAUCUCUACCAGUAUGUCGCCUCAGAUCGCGGAUUCUGUAACAUCCACACUCCGCUUCCGCAGCAUCGGAGGUUCGGUCUGUUACGUGGUGCGGAUAGUCUUUAUCAUGAUUUCCAUUUAAACAACGCGAAGUUCCGGUGACCUAACAUCAUUACAAGCUCGUUGCUUCUCCCAACUAGACUGCAUCUCACCGAACAUUCCCGCAUCGCUACACAGUAAGACUCCCCCAUCGGAUUCUAUCAAUCCAUUGCUAGCUCUCCUAGCGGGCCACUUCAAUCAUGCUUCCUUCAUACACAAAAACCUAUCACAGCACGCCAUAUCCUUCCAUCUCGCCCAGCCGUCCCGACCUGUCAGCCAAAGACAAAGUCAUUCUUGUUACCGGAGCAGGUUCUGGAAUCGGACAAGCAACGGCGAUCGCGUUCGCCCAAGCCGAUGCCAAAGCUCUCAUCCUUUGCGGACGUCGAACUGGAGCUCUCCAAGACACCAAGGCCAAGAUCGAAGCCCUGCAAAAGACGACCCAUGUCCUCGCCAUCCAGCUCGACGUCAGCGACGAAGAUUCGGUCGAUGAAGCCUUCGCACGGGUGAAGGAAGAAGUGGGCAAAAUCGACAUCCUCAUCAACGCCGCAGGCCACCUUGGCGACAUGUCCUUCCUAAAAGACAUGUCCCUCUCCAACUUCUGGACAAGUGUCGAAAUCAACCUUAAAGGCCCCUUCCUUGUAUCCCGCGCCUUCCUGCGUAGCACCAUCCCCACAGCCACAGCUCCCAAAACGCUGAUCCUGCUAAGCUCAAUAGUCGGCGGUCUUCCAUCCCCCCAAUUCAUUGCAGGCCCACAAAGCUACCCAAUCUCCAAAAUCGCGGAAGCAAAACUCGCGGAGGCCCUAGCUGCGGAAAACACAUCGCACUUCCGAGCUUAUGCGCUGCAACCGGGCAUCGUGGAGAGCGCUAUGAGCGAGAAGAGCGUGUCGAUGGCACCAGACCCGGAGGCUACGAGGGCAGCGUAUCCGUGGGAUGAGCCGGAGCUACCCGCGAGGUUUAUGCUGUGGUUGUGUAGCAAGAGGGGGGAGUGCGUGCCGAGUGGAAGAUUUCUGUGGAUUAAUUGGGAUGUGGACGAGCUCGAGGCAAAGAAGGAGGAGAUGGAAAAGGAUUCGGGGUUGCUUACAAUGGGGCUGAUGGGGUGGCCGUUUGUCUAAGUGGCGGAUUCUUCGGUUUUGAGCGUCCCGCUUGCGCUCAGAGCCUGCUUGGUGAGCGCCACAGAAAGGUAGUUCAGCAGCAGAUAGCAAGC